ACCACUCCGUUUAUUAAAAGCAAGGGAUAAAAGCAAGGAAUAGGGACCGGGAAUAGGGACCGGGAAUAACCCCAGGGAAUAGGGGCAGGGAACGACCCCAGCCCCUCACAGCCCCCCGCGCUCCCCCCGCGGCCGCCCCAGCCGCUCGCGCUUCCCGCCCUUUUCGCCCCCUCGCGCCGCGCUGAGGCGCCGCCGCCAGCCCCGGCUGCGCCCCGGCUCCCUCCAUCUUGUGGCCGGGCCGCGCCGCGCUCCGUCCCGCCCGCCCGCCCGCCUUCCUUCCCUUCCCUUUCCCUUCCCUUUCCCUUCCCUUCCUUUCCCUUCCUUCCCUCCCUCCCUUCGUCAUUGUCUGCGAGCGGCGUUUAUAAGGCGGCGGGCAUUGCCCGGAUGUGAGCGCCCGGCGAUGUGGCUUCCAGGGCGAGCCGCUCCGAGGCGCGUCUCGGCGGGGGAGGCCGCGCCGGUGCCGCGGCGGCGGCGGACGGGAGCGCUCUAAACUUGGAGCAAGUUGGGGCCCGGCGGCUCCGCGCCCGCCGGGGGGGCGGCGCGGGGGCUCUUUUUAUUCUCUUGCCUUCGAAUUCCGUAGAAUUCCUUGCUUUUGGAUGCUUUCGGCGAGGCAGGACGCGGGGGGCAGCCCCCGCCGCCCGCACUCGGGCACCAUGUGUCGGUAAAAACAAUAGAGGGGGAAAAAGUUCGCGGACUUUGCCGUCUUUUUGCCUUUUGAAAGCCGCUUUUCCAGCUCGUUUUUGAUGUGGUUUUUGGAGCGGGUCGUCUCGGCGGGUGCGGGAAUUCGGGGGUCGGGACCCCCCAAUCCCACCCUAAAGCUGUGGAGUAUCCCGGGCUUCCCAGCCCGGCUCUGGAGGGGCACACACGUGUGAGCUAAUAAAGCACUUGGGGCCGAAGAUUCCUCCUGGUUUUUGGACCAUUUUAGUUCCUUUUUUCUCCCCCCCCCCUUUGGAAUAUUGUGGCCAUUGAAGCCUCAACUCCCCUCGCCAUGUGGAUGGGAGCGAGCUGAGGGCACCGCGAGGAGACGCGCUGCGAAAGUGCGGCGGGAGCGGCGUCCAUGAUCCGCGGGUUUGUGUGAUAUUGCUAAAAUGCAUCACCAACAGCGAAUGGCUGCCUUAGGGACGGACAAAGAACUCAGUGAUUUACUGGAUUUCAGUGCGAUGUUUUCACCUCCUGUGAGCAGUGGGAAAAAUGGACCAACUUCCUUGGCGAGUGGGCAUUUUACUGGCUCAAAUGUAGAAGACAGAACUAGCUCAGGGGCCUGGGGGAACACAGGACAUCCAAGUCCAUCCAGGAACUAUGGAGAUGGGACUCACUACGAGCACAUGGCCAGCAGAGACCUUGGCUCGCACGACAAUCUCUCUCCUCCCUUUGUCAACUCCAGGAUACAAAGUAAAACAGAAAGAGGGUCCUACUCAUCCUAUGGAAGAGAUUCCAACCUCCAGGGCUGCCACCAGCAAAGUCUCCUUGGAGGUGACAUGGAGAUUGGCAAUCCCGGAACGCUGUCUCCCACUAAACCUGGCUCCCAGUACUAUCAGUAUUCUAGCAAUAACCCCCGACGGAGGCCUCUCCACAGCACCUCUAUGGAAGUCCAAACAAAGAAAGUUCGGAAAGUUCCUCCAGGUUUACCAUCAUCAGUUUAUGCCCCGUCAGCCAGCACUGCCGACUACAACCGGGAUUCUCCGGGUUAUCCAUCCUCCAAACCAGCCGCCAGCACUUUCCCAAGCUCCUUCUUCAUGCAAGAUGGCCAUCACAGCAGUGACCCAUGGAGCUCCUCCAGUGGGAUGAACCAACCUGGCUAUGGGGGCAUGUUGGGCAACUCUUCUCACAUCCCCCAGUCCAGCAGCUACUGCAGCCUGCACCCACACGACCGCUUGAGCUACCCAUCCCACUCGUCAGCAGACAUCAACUCCAGCCUUCCUCCGAUGUCCACCUUCCACCGCAGUGGCACAAACCAUUACAGCGCCUCUUCUUGCACCCCCCCAGCCAAUGGCACCGACAGCAUCAUGGCCAACAGAGGAAGUGGGGCAGCAGGAAGCUCACAGACUGGUGAUGCCCUGGGGAAAGCACUUGCCUCUAUCUACUCUCCAGAUCACACCAACAACAGCUUUUCAUCAAAUCCUUCAACUCCUGUUGGUUCUCCCCCUUCUCUCUCAGCAGGCACAGCUGUAUGGUCUAGAAAUGGAGGUCAAGCGUCAUCAUCUCCCAAUUAUGAAGGUCCCUUACACUCUUUGCAAAGCCGGAUCGAGGAUCGCUUGGAAAGGUUGGAUGAUGCCAUCCACGUGCUGAGGAACCACGCGGUGGGGCCGGCCACCGCCAUGCCCGGGGCUCACGGGGACAUGCAUGGCUUGAUAGGGCCUUCCCACAACGGAGCCAUGGCGGGCCUGGGCUCUGGUUAUGGCACUGGGCUCCUCUCGGCCAACAGGCACUCGCUCAUGGUGGGAGCGCACCGUGAGGACGGGGUGAGCCUGCGGGGGAGCCACUCGCUUGUGCCAAACCAGGUCCCGGUCCCCCAACUGCCCGUCCAAUCGGCCACCUCUCCGGAUCUGAACCCGCCCCAGGAUCCAUACAGGGGCAUGCCAACCGGCCUCCAAGGACAAAGUGUCUCUUCGGGAAGCUCCGAGAUCAAGUCGGAUGACGAAGGAGAUGAGAACCUCCAGGACACCAAGUCUUCUGAGGACAAGAAACUAGAGGAGGACAAGAAGGAUAUCAAAUCCAUUACUAGGUCAAGAUCUAGCAAUAACGACGACGAAGACCUGACCCCGGAGCAGAAGGCCGAGAGGGAGAAGGAAAGGAGAAUGGCCAACAACGCUCGGGAGCGCCUCCGUGUCCGGGACAUCAACGAGGCUUUCAAGGAGUUGGGCCGGAUGGUGCAGCUCCACCUGAAGAGUGACAAGCCCCAGACCAAGCUCUUGAUCCUACACCAGGCUGUGGCUGUCAUCCUCAGCUUAGAGCAGCAAGUCAGAGAAAGGAACCUGAAUCCUAAAGCAGCGUGUCUGAAAAGAAGGGAAGAAGAGAAAGUCUCUUCAGAUCCUCCUCCGCUUUCCCUGGCAGGACCCCACCCUGGGAUGGGAGAUGCCUCCAAUCACAUGGGACAGAUGUAAAAAGGUCCAAGUUGCCCCAUUGCUCCAUUGAAGCAAGAGCCCACUUCCUUAAGAGCUGUAUUCUCUCCACGCCCCAAAACCACUUCUCCUUCCCCCUUCUCCUACCCCCCCCCCCCCCCUUUUUCUUUUGUAACAUAAGACAAGUCUGAGUAGUUGAAGCAGCACAGACGCACGAGAUCCCAGCAUUCCCGAGGAAUUCCAAGCCAGGAAUAACUACUCGGAGGGACAACUCUCGGGAACGGAGCGACGCCGAAUGGCUUCGGAGCGCGCUUCUGUUCCGAGCUAAGUGGCUGUGCUGAACCGAGCGGAUCCAGGCGCGAAAGCCCCGUGUGCGUGUGUAGCCGAGCGAGGUGGUGCUGAAGACAUAGGGUGGGGUGGGGGGGGGGCGGGAUAUAACGAUCCCGUUGGGAAUGGGGUUUCGGGGGGGGGGAUACACCCACACACACGACACACGCGAUUCCAAGCGGUGGCGGCAUGGAUUUGCUGGACUUCUCUGCUGCUUUCGUGGUGUUGGAAGUGGAUUCUUGCAGUGGAGCCCACUCGCUGCCUCCUCCUUUCUUCGGGCUAUGCAUCCUGCGGCGUUAGACCAAGCCUUAGCUGAGUCCCUAAAGCAUUCCGUUGCACUUUUCGUCAGGAAGGGGUGGUAGGACGACGGUCCUGCGGCCGGUAGGAAGUUCUGCCUUUGGUUUUCGAGCUCCAGCUCUGGCACAGCGGCUCUUCAAGUAGCUUCGAAGGCCGGGCACAACUCAAGCGACUUCCCUAGGGAAGCUUCAUCCCGAGUGACUUUGGUGGACAGUACGAUGGAGAGCCAGCCGUGCUCCUCGUAUUUGUCAGCAUCCUUUCCGUCUCUUUGAAUUCCACUUCCUAGGUGGACAGCCACAGCAACCUGGCAUGUAUUUGAACUGCAAUCUCCCUCUUCCCGAGUAGAUUUUUUUUUUUGCCCACCCAGCACCGGUUGAAUAAAAAUGCCAUCCCCUCCAGCCAACGGUCUAAAUGUUCCAUCUGUUCUCCUGGUUUUCCAGUUCUCCCCAAAAGGCCUGGAAGGCGACGGAAACGCAAAAGACGCUUGUACAUUGUAUGCAACUAACGGCGAACGUCUCAUUCUUUUUGAAGGUUGUGUAUGUAAAAGGUAUCUUUUCCCCAUGUAGAUUCUUGGUCUUUCUGUGCUUUCCAUUGUAGCAGGUUGGUUGGGGAAAGGGGGGGGGGGGGGGGUUGGCUUUGCUUCCUCGACAUGGUUGGAAACGGCGGGAACGCCCCCCCCCCCCCCCCCCCCCCCAAAUCCCGUUGAAAUGAAGGAGGAGAAGCUGAGUUUGCCACAGUCCUCGCCUUCAGCGUUCCCCUUCGGAGGGACUUGGGGGCGUGCUGCAGACUCUAAAUGCCUUUGGUGGCCCCCUCGCCACCCGCUUGGGUUUCCCGCUGCCGUUCCUCAAGUGUGGAGGUGGAUUCCAGAAGGACACCGCGAGGCUUCGUUCCCGCUGGCAAAGCCUCGUUGGGCUUGGAGUAAGGGCUGGUGUAGCUCAGACGAGGUGGAAUCAGGAAGCUGGAGCCCACCCGAUGUGAGUGGUUGAACCUCUGGAUGAUGCUGCUGAACAAGCCGUAGAUCUUCUCGCCAAUGGACCACGCGUGGUUUGGGGCUGUCCGAACGCUUGCUCUGGGGAGGAACCCACGAGGAGCUCCCCACCGAGAGGCUGAGGACUGUGAGAUGAUGUCAACCAACCAACCCCAACUUCAUCCCGAGCCCAACGUCGUCGUCCUUUCAACACGGACAGAAAGAGGAAUCGAGGUGGUGGAACUUCAAAAGGAAAGAGUUUGUCAUCUCCUGCUCUUGCUGAGCUUGGAACCACAGCUUGGAAGGGACCUUCUGAGGUCACCUUGUCCUGCAAUGAGCAGGAGACACCUUCCGCUAGACCAGGGUGCUCCUCCAAGUCAAGCUGCAGCUCCCACCAUGGCCAGCGGGAGGGAUGCUGAUGGAUGCGCCCUCAUCCAGCCUGGAUCUAAGAGCUGAGGAUCCCGGCUUCCAUUCCAGAGCAAGUGACCUGGAAGGUCCAAAAUCCCCUUAGGAGGGUGUAAUCCUUACUAUUAUCCCAUCAUUUCCCAGCCCAAGGUUUGCACAUCCCAAGCUGCCUUUUUCUCCGAGGGGAUGGAGUCGAUGGUUGAAGCACUGAAGGCUUUAGGAAGCUGGUGAUGCUACAGCCCGCUGGGCAACUCCACGAAUUCCCACGUUCCUUCAUCCCAACUGAUCCACCUCCACAUGGAAGUCGUUGAGGAACAUGCUCCAGAAGGAAUCAUCAUCCAGAACUUCUCCUCCACCAUUUGUAGCUGCAAGGACCAACCGGACGUCAGUCCUCCCGCCGAUCCACCUUACCCUGAUUCAGUCUUCCAAGGGGGUUUUUUUUUGGGGGGGAUUCCUUUGGAGGUUGGCCUUCAUUUCAAGGGGAUUUGCCGGGAUUGGGAAGGGGGGUGGCAAAGGCCCAUGAAGACGGGAAGAGAGGAAAGGUCUACCUUUGGGUGCCCGGAGGUUGAACGUGAGCUUUGGGGGGGUCGUGAAGCACAAGUAUCCCUAGAAAAGGCAUCUAAAUGGCUUGGGAAAGGUGGAAUCCCAACACAAGGGGACCCCCCAGGGCGCCGUUCCUUUCCUUUCUGCUUGCCUCCCCCCCCCCCCCCCCCCUUCCUCUUUCUCCUCCCUUCUUUUCCCAUGGGAUUUUGCUCCAUCUUUGUGCAGUGCUGGUUUGGCCCAUCCUCAUCCCAAGUAUUGGAGACUUCUGUAAUGGUGACACUUGAUGACCUGUGGCCUUUUUUGAGUCUUGGUACCUUGUGAUGCAAAUGCUCAAGUCGCGUGAGAGACGAGUCCUUCGAGCGAAGGGAAGGACCCGAGGUGAUUGCCCCGUGUAAUUCAGUGCCUGCCUUUUGGUUUUGUCUUCGUGCUCUUUGAUUGCUAGGACAUAGAGACUUUGUAGGACACCCUUGUCGACGUUCAACACACACCCCCCUCCACCCCCCCGAAGCCGAGGAGAGACCUCCAAAAAACCGAGGCCAAGGAAGAGAUUGAGGCUUGGUUCGGCUCCGUUCUUCUCUUCCGGGAGAACGAGCCUUUUGACGACAAAAAAUCAACGAAACAAUGGGGGUGGGUGGGGUUUUGGGGGGGUUUUUGGGGGGGGGGGGGGGAAGCCUUCCAAAUCCUCUCUCCCCUCCCCCCCCACCUCCUCCCCCCCCCCCCCCAAAUUUCGUACUUUAUUUUGCUAUCGCAGACUAAAAGAAGAAAGAGAAGAGGUUAUUUUCCCAUGGGGUUUGGGCAGGGAGCUUGGUUUUUGGGGAGCGGGGAGGGAGGGGGGUGGGUUUGGAGGAACCGGCCACCAAAUCCAUGGAAAACUGUGGAAAAUCCAUGGGGAACCAUGAAAAACCAUGGAAAAACCAUGGGAAACUGUGGAAAACUAUGGAAAAUCCAUGGAAAAACCAUGGGAAACUAUGGAAAAUCCAUGCGAAACCAUAGAAAUCCAUGGGAAACUCUGGAAAACUGUGGAGAACCAUAGAAAUCCAUGGAAAAACCAUGGAAAACCAUGGAUAACCAUGGAAAUCCAUGGAAAACUAUGGAAACCAUUGGAAACCCAUGGAGAACCAUGGAAAACGAUGGAAAACCAUGGAAAAACCAUGGAAAACCAUGAAAAAAUAGAGAAAACUAGGGAAAACUAGGGAAAACCAUGGAAAACCCCAUGGGGAACCAUGGAAAAACUAUGGGGAACCAUGAAAAAACAUGGAAAACUGGGGGAAAACCAUGGGGAACCAUGGAAAAACCAUGGAGAACCAUGGGAAAACCAUGGGGAACCAUGAAAAAACCAUGGAAAACUGUGGGAAAACCAUGGGGAAACCAUGGAGAACCAUGGAAAAAACCAUGGGGAACCAUGAAAAAACCAUGGAAAACUGGGGGAAAACCAUGGGAAACCAUGGGAAAACCCAUGGAGAACCAUGGAGAACCAUGGAAAUCUAUGGAGCCCCAUGGAGAAUCCAUGGAAAACCAUGGUCAAAAAGAGGGGAAACUCAUCAAAACCCACCCGAAACGCGAUGGUUCCACCUUGUUCUCGCCGUGGGGCCGAUGGGGUUGGUGGCUCUUGGUCGUGCGCUGAUGUUCCUUCAAGAAGAUGCCAAGCCAACGACAAAAGACAACUUGGGUGUAGGCCAUUACCUGUUUCUCAUCUGUAGUUACUCGAUGCUGUCAUGUACAUGACCGUUCUGUAGCAAUAAAUGUGCCAUUUUUAUAAAG